AUGGACCCAGGCUCCUCACAGUGGUGGUGCGGCAGGAGGGCAGGAGACGACAGGCAGAUGUUGACACACAAGAGGUUCAGGCUGGUCGUGAGAAAACGCCGUGAGGCCAGACGAGCCCUGGAUCGGCUGCCCGGGCACACCGUGCAGGCCUGGGGACCCGACGGGACCCAAUCCUGGGCACUCAGGCCCGACCCCACCCGCCGGCUGUGGGUUUUGGUUUAUACUUUGAGGGAAAGCCUGAAACCCCAGAAGAAUUACGUUUUUCACUGUCAAUCCUGUGGUGACAUCAUAGUAGAAGAUAGGAAAUUUCUGAGAGUUCUUCCUCUACCAAGCGAAAACUGGAGUGCUUUAGUUGAAGAGUGGUGUUGUCAUCCUAACCCCUUUGCCAGAAGCACUUUACACCCUCAGCAUGAUGACUGUUUUCUUGGAGACACUUUUUUUCUGUUGAAUUCAGGAAAUGCAUCACACGUGCUUGAAUCUCCCAUGUGCUGCUCAGAGACUGGACACCAUGCUUCUCAGAGUGGCUCCAAUUUGAAAUCAAAGAAAAAUACCAGAGUAAUUUGUAAGCGCUGCAAGACGAUGCUGGGAGAAACGGUAUCAUCAGAUACCAUUAAAUAUUAUGUUACUGAGGUGAUUAUUCGACCAUCUGAGGAAAGUUUCAGCCCAACAUCAAGGUCUCAAUUUGUACAGAGCAUGUUUGCUCAGUGUCUUGUGGAAUUGUCCUCUGCUAAAAGCACAUUUAGAUUCACCGUAAAAGGAGAUGAUGGAAAAAUCUAUAUUCUGAUAUGGCUUUUAAAUUCUGACACAUUGCUCGUGGAGUCUUUAGGAAGUUCCUCCUCCCACAGUGUUUUUACACUGUUUGGAGAUAUUUUCAUGCCUAGUUCUGGACCAGUGGGGACCUGGGAUGCUGUCAAAGUCCUUUACCAGCCGUGCAUUAAAAGCAGGAAUAAGGACCUUGCUGAUGCAUGGGAAAAUGAUAUUGGAGUUCAUCCUUUAACAUUUCCGUCAGAAACAUGUAUGGAACUACUGCUGAUACUGGGUUUGAGUACCACCUCUCUGCCACCUUCACUUCGAUGCAUGAACUCUUUUCAGUUACAUAGUCCAUCAGUUGUGUAUUGA